AUGCUUUUCUGGGCCCUUGCACUCUACAUCCUUUUCAGGUGUGGCUGCGUUCUGGGGUUUCAGGAGGGCCGGAGAGCCCUCGUGGCACCGCCGGAAGCGGAGACAUCGUACCUCUGCCCGGACGAUUUUGCGGACCUACCUCACUGGAAUUCAAUAUUCAGUGCCGGUGAUACGUGGCGCCAUUGCUGGGUUGGAGCAACACCACUCGGCGAGUACUCUACCAGCACUUGCGCGCCAACGAUUGGGACGACAGCUUUCCAGAAGGACAAUGAGUCAAUCCUGGAAGUGUGGGUGUGGGAGUCUGAACAAGCACUCCGCAUCCUUUUGCCCAGCUUGCGGAACGCCUUGGCAACGUGCGAGAAGUGCCUCCCCGCGCCAGAGAGGAGGACAAGGUUGGGCCGGCUGGGAUGCCUCGUAUGCCCAGCCGAGCCAGCCGAUGCCAUGGCGAGAACCGGCCAGCCGACCGGAGGCAAGGCCGAGGGGAAGGGCAAGGGCAAGACAACGCCAGUGCAGGCGCCGGCCCCUUCCUCGGCAGACCUACCGUCGGCCCCGACGGCAGCGACGCCGUCGCUACCGCGAAAGCCGGCCGAGACCCAGGGCCCGAAUGUGCCUCCGGAGAAGGCGCAGCUCGAGGCGCUGGUGGCAGCUCUAUCUGCCGCGGGCACGUCAGUGCCGGAAUCUGUGCGUGCCUUGGUGGCGGAACAUCAGCAGGCUUCGGCACAGGGGAUAGCACGGUCGCUGCACCGUGCAGUUGCGGACCAGAGCCGUGCCAGGGCCGAGCUACAGAAGGUACGCGUUCAUCGUUCGCAGUACCUCACCUCGUGGCGGGAUUACAUCGACCACAUUACUACUCUGCUGGAGAAGCAACUGACAGAGCAAGAAGAGAUCCUGGACAAGUACAAUGCUGCGGAGGUGGACUGGAUCUCUGCGGAGAGAGAGGCGACGCUCGCGAUCUCCCGCAUGGCCUCCAAGGACAACGCAGGCCUGGAGGAGGAUCAGGACAUGCUGGAUGCGGAAGCCCGCACCAGCGAUGCAGCCGAGACCGAGGUGAAGCUGCGUGCAGAAAAGGAACAACAGCAGAAGGCGGGACAGGAGUUACAUGCAGCUCUCCAAGUCGCCAGGCGACAAGCGGAAGAGCACCUGUCUGCCAGCAAGCGCGAGGGUUCCCGUACCCCGCGGCGGCGCACCGACAGCGCGGAGCCGGUGGACGUGGACUUGACCAACGAAGGUCAGUCUGCGCAAUCUGGAGCGGCUGCUACGCCCUUCAAGCUGGGUCUCUGUAUGCGCUACUGGUGCCUGCGCUUCCUCUUUCCGGAUUCCGGCCUGUCACAUGGCCAGGACCCGCUGCUGAGGCUGUACAAACUGUACAGGCAGGCCGUUCCCAUGACUCCCCCACCUUGGGAGUCUCGAUUCCCUGGUCGGUCAGCGGACUCUGCUGACUUCAAGUGCAAUGCCCUUCCUCCGCCCUCGGAGGACCGAUACGUUCUGUUCGAUACUACCAGCCAUGCCAGUGUUCGCCGGCUCCCAGCUGGCUGGAGCCUCAAUGACAUCGUGGCAGAUAUCAUGGGCACUCUGCCACAGGUGCGAUCGGUGCGUUUCCACACCGACCGCCUACCCCACUUGCCUGCAGUACAAGUCACUGCGACUCUCCGAGCAGCUGAGCCAGGGGUCUUUACUACGCCCCUAGACCUCCGCAGUGCCGAAGGCAGAAUUUGCACCAUCGAUGCUCCAAGGGCAUGCCGCCCUGACCUACUGCAGGCACUGUGUGUUCACAGCUGCGAUCCGACACGUUUGCCCCGGGGACCAUUCCACCUGACAGUGCCAGAUGGUUCCCUGGCUGCUAUUCCGGCAGCUGGUGUUCCCCCCUUCGACUUUGUGAGAGGCAUUCCAGGUGACCACAACCCUGCCAAUGACAUUCUUGCCCAGGACCCAGCAGAGGGGGAGGAAGGUGAUGUUGCCUUUCUCCUACAGUCUCACGCGGGAGGCCCCAGCUCGCACACUGCCAAAGAGAGCCCGGACCUAGAGGGCCCCACCUACUGCUUGCCUACUGAGUGCCAAGGGCCUCUUGAGCGUCCAAUCAUUGUGCCUGUCAAUCCGCCAUCCCUGCUCUCGACAGCUGGCCCACCAAGGGCUAGUCUAUGGGCCGACAAAAACCCUAGCUACAAGAUCCUCCCUGAGCGAUGGGCCACCCCGGCCGCCUUACGGAUCCCUGCUGGGCAACUCAAUUUGUACUGCGCCUCGGAGGAACACCCGGGUGCCGAGCGCAGAUACGCACUUUUCGACAGGCAAAGGCAUACGAGUGUCAGGAAAGCGGCGGCUGACUGGACCAUUGAAGACUACGCUGCAGACGCAGUGCUGAAUGCGCCAGAACCCACAGCGAUUUUUCAGGUCAUCACUGUUGCAAUUGCGGGCCUUCCCACGCCCCAAUUCACCUUGACUCCUGCGGGGGUCCCGGCAACUUCCCUCACUCUACCUAUUGAUGCCAGGCACAUGGGAGGACCCGUACUGGCACUGCUUUUACGACCGGGAAUGCCCUGCAGCGAAGUCUUUGACCGCAUUGCAGCUGUCUUUCCGGCGUCGCGUUAUCUUGUUGAUCUCGCGACGCCUCUUGAUGGCCUUUUUCUUCAAGACGCGCUGGGAAGAGUCUGGGAGGCCUUGCCCGAUGACCUCAGCACUCUCCAAUGGCUGACUGUGCGCAUCGAUCGGGCGGCCUUUCCAGGGGCCCCACAGUUCACGCCAAUCUCGGCACACUCCCAGUGGACGGGCACGACAUCCACCACUACUGCCAUGCAGCCGCAAGUCAAUGUGGAGCACUCCAUCGCCGAGAUGUUGCUCAUCAUGGCCCGGCAAGGGCGCAUGCCAAGGAACCCCAUGAUCUCCUUGUGCACUGCGAUGCCCCGCAAUCCUGAGCGCCCCAAUGAGCUGCUGGUAGGAUUCAUGAUCUACCCCAGCGCCACUGAGGCUACUGACGUGGCCAUCCUGCAAGACUUCUCCACGGAUGGGACCAUGCUUCAGGCCAUCACUGUUGACAGCGGCACUCGGUUGGAGCACAUGAUAGGGAGUGCACAAGCCCGCCGAGGCUUCACUCCGGUUCUUAAUGGGGUACCUCGAGCCGCGGCCAACCGCAAUCUUGUCACCGGGGAUUUGGUCCAGGUUCAGCUCCCACCUCUCACUGCCAGGGUCGUUACGGUGGCCCAUAUGUACUUCCUUCUACCGGAGCUUCGACUUUUUGCGAUGCCGCUAAGUAUGCCCUCCAUGGCCCCAGUGACCAGGAAUCCUCUGGACCCUGGUGCCAUUGAAAGGGGCCGUGAAGCAGCGAGGCGCACUUUGCAUCUUCGAUCGCUUGAGCGCCGGGUGGAGGUUGGUGAGCCAGGGCACGACAACAGGCCUUUACUUGUGAUGGGGCCCACGCAUCCACCCUACCUGCUGUUCAUGCCGGUCCCUUUGGAACCCAGCCUGCGCGAAGUAUUGCUCUUCUUGUCUUUCUCAGGCUUUUUCGAUCCAGUGACGAGCUUUGCGGAGACACGUGCUUUUUCGCAUGGGGUCGAAAUUUUCGUGUCGAUCCCUCCCCGCAGCACCCGGGCCACAGUCCUGCUAACGGCCCCGGACAGCACGCUCACGUUCCUCCAAUUGAACAUGCCGGUAGGAAUGCCGCUGCAGAACCUUGGGUUACCGGUUAGGAGAGGUUUCGAGCUCGUGCUACCGGCUCAGGCUGCACACGGGGCUAUCAUUUGGGACAAUGGCCGCCGAAGGCCCAGCUCCAGUGCAUCCAUGGGCACCGAAGGUACCUCCCUGGCUCAACUUCCUGAUAUGGCUCUCAAGCAAGCGGCUCGAUGCAAGCAGCUUCGUGACAUCCACGAGGACCUCCGUCACUGCCCUUGCGUUGACGGUGCGCUGCAAUGCCCUCAGGAUCCACCGCCAGACGACAGCACCCCUGCAGCGAGUCGUCCCCAGGAGGAUUCUCAGGAGCCAGACAUGCAGCCACCAAAAGUGGGACUUCCCCAGCUCCAAACAGUGGCCAUUCCCACCCCGUUCGGUCGGAGACGUCUCUGUGCUGAGGAUGCCGCACCAAUGACAAAGACGGGUACACCCGGAGGCAGCAACACCCUGACUGUUCAGGGCCCUCCGGAUGCUCCGCGCCAGCUAAGGCCACACACCGCCCAAAGCUCACCGCGGGCUCCACAACCCGCUACCUCUGUUGAGAGUGUGCGCAUCAGCCUUGCAGACCACAUUCCCCCGUCCCCACCAGCCAUUACCUGGGGGGUCAACCAUGACAUUUUGCUGCACUGCCUCGAGGACCACGGUCUGACCCAAUUUGCAAUGCAGCCAGAGGCCUAUACCCAAAGAUCGAUGCCUCUCUUCUACGCCUCUGGCAACGCCUUCCCGCCUGGCGCGCCACGGGCCACGUGGGCCGUUGUCAUCGUUGCACUCCAGGACGGCAACAUUGUGCGGGUCGGAGCCCGUGCCGGAGCGGCCCAAGGACCUGCAAACCAUGGCCCAAUGCAUGCCAGGCUGCCAUCUGCCUUUGACGGCGAAAUCGAAGCGAUUUUGCACGCCUUUGCUGUCAUUGCUAGUGUGCCAUGCCGGGCUGCGCACGUCGGCGCCGACUGCGACGCCGCCCUGACUGUCGCACAGGGGCUUGCGGCCACUGCUGAAUGGGACCUCACUGCGCGAGCCACUGUCAGCAUGCGGGCCCUUAUAGCCAUGCAGAGCAAAGGCCUCUUUCUCCAUAAGGUGCUCGCUCAUGCAGGUUGCGCGCUUAACGGUCUCGCCGAUGCCCUUGCCAAAGCUGUCGGCAAAAACCCCUCCCUCGAAGCGCAUGGCACAUUUCAGCCGUUAUGGAUGGCCAUUGCUGAAGGGGUCGUCGAUCAUCUUUGGCUUGUGCCGAGACACCCCCUCACGGCUAGCAGCUUGCCUCCGCUAAACGAUGCGGGGACUUGGGACCGCGCCUACUGCUCUGUUGUGGCGUCAGACGACCUCCAGAGACCGUUCUGCAUGCCUGCACCCGACCUCGAAGUUAAGCCAGUGCUCUUGGACCUGAAGGUCCUUCAGUACAAUGCGCUCUCCCUGAAGGCCCCAGGAGCUGCGGAACUGCUUGCGAAGGGCCUCCGCAAGCACGCCGUCGACAUCGCCGGCAUCCAGGAAACCCGACAGCGGCAAACGGGCAUUACUACUGUAAACGAUUACUGGGUCCUGCAUGCACCCUGCACCGACCAAGGCAUUGGAGGUGCUCAAAUAUGGGUGAGACACAAUCCCCGCUGGGAUCGUCAAGCCUUCACUAUCGUCCACCAAGAGCCGCAGAUACUAGUUGUCCUCGGCUCUUUUGACGGGGUGAAAAUGCUACUUGUGUCUGCCCAUGCCCCACCAGCUCCUACAGCUGCUGAUGUGAUACAAGACUGGUGGGGCCACCUUGCCACCACCCUCCAUCGCACCCCCGCCACUUGUGUCCCGCUGCUUUUCCUCGAUGCAAAUGCGACCUUUAGCCGGCAGCCUCUUGUUCCAAGCACGCUUCUCUGCUCGCCACUCUGCAACAAUGCGGUAUGCUUACAGCAAUUUGCAGCGACCCGGGCGCUUGGUCUAAGCCCACAGUUCUUGGCCAAUGGCGCCCCGCUGCACUCCUGGGUUAGCCCACAAGGCCAUCGCAAGCUCAUCGAUUACAUUGCGAUGCCUGCUGACUGGGAAUGCACUUGCACGGUGCAGGAUACCCCACGGCUUGGGGACCUGUAUGAGGAUAUUGACCAUCAGCCAGUCUUGCUACGAUUGGAAGCCACGGUAGAUGCUACGCCUGUGCAGCAUCGCAACCGUAUUGAUUGUCGCUUUUGGACUUUACCUGCGAGCCAACAAGUUGCCUCCACGGUGGCCCAUCUCAGCCCACCUGUGCCAUGGACCACUCGGACCACCGCGCAUGUGGAUGUCCUGCAACAGCACCUCUACCAUGGUGUGCUGUCGUGUGUACCGGCGAUGCCGCCCAAGCCACGUAACCCUGCCCUGACACCUGAGACUCUGGACAAGGGCAGGCCAGCCUUUGCAAUCAUCCGAUCCGAGGAGGGAGCCCGAAUAUGUGCUGCAGCCAGAUGGGCACGUCAGUAUCGACAGGGCAAGGAGCUCCGCCGCGCAAUGUGGACCGACAAGGCAGAGUUUACUCGCCGAAACUAUCUGAAACGUGGUUUUUGUCCAUCGGACAACCCGGUUCAUCCUUCAGACAUGGGAGGAGUGCAGGGGCCCGAUAUCGUCGUCCCGUACGGAGGAUUGCCCGCAGGCGAUGGGAGAACUGGGCGGGUCCCUCGGCUCUGGCCUGUACGAUGGCCCGGGAGGUUUUUCGCCGCGGCCGAGAGGGCCGAGCCCGUCGCUAUCGAAGGACUGGCCGGCCAAGGAGCCAGCGAACCUGUUGCGUGCCAACCGCUGCAAGGAAGUGACCUCCCCAGCCUGGCAGGGCUUGCAUCCGGUUUCGCCAGCCUGCGGACAGGACGAGCUGCUGGCCUUUCGGGGAUUGCUUCUGAAGCAUACAGGGCCUGCCCACUCCAACAGGCCCUCUUGUACUAUCCAGUUGCCUGCAAGCUCUUCCUUCGUGACCCAUCACCCUUCCAAUGGAAGGGUGGGCUUGCCACCUGCGUUCCCAAACCUGGCAAGCCCUGCACACAGCACAAAGGUUACAGAGCCAUUAUGCUCCUGGAAGGUGACAAUAAAGCCCUGCAAAAGAGCAUGCGCCCAUCCCUUCUCAAGGCGAUGACCCAUUUAAGCGUCCCGGACCAGAUGGGAGGACGGCCAGGAUAUGCUCUGACACAACCGUCUGCCUGUGUCAAGGCUCACCUCCACCGGCUCCGACGGACCCGCCAAAGCGGAGCGGUUAUCUUCAUCGACGCUGCUGCCGCCUACUACUCGAUUGCCAAGGAUCUCUUGUCCCUUACACCUGCCCAAAGGUGCGACCGCACUUUCCUUGAGCAACGUGCCACCCGCCUUUUUCAGUUUGAGGACCUCCGGCAGCAGUUUGUGCAACGCAUGCUCGACAGCAAUGCUGAGCUCGACGAGGCUAUGUCGCCUGCUUUACGUACAUACCUGCAGCGCCAGCUUGAUCAGACCUGGUACACCGCACCCGGGUCCCCACUUGCUGACGUCAUGUUCUCUCUGGUCUUUGGUGAUCUGCUGCGGCAGACACAGGCAUAUCUCAGAGAACGCGGGUGGCAUUCACGGCUCACUGCACAAGCCGCCAACACGCCCGGCUAUACACCUACAUGGGCGGAUGAUGUCUGCAUUCUGGUCGAAGUUGGGCCGGCUGAGCUCGUCCCGGCGGCAACAGCCGACACCCUAGCCUUCUUCCUUGAUCGCAUGCAUGAGGCGGGACUCCAGGCUAACAUGGGCCUCGGCAAAACCGAAACGAUCCUGGCUCUCUACGGCCCCGGCUCCCGCGAGGUCCGACGCCAGUAUCUCAGCCAGACGGACCCACAAUUGCCCUACAGCUCGCACUACGAGCAGGGACAUGUGCGCAUUACUGCGGCAUACGACCACCUUGGAUCGACAAUCCAAGCGGAUGGGCACUCACUUCCCGCCAUCCGGCGUCGCAGAGAGCUGGCACGAGAGCUCUAUAGGCCCCUCAAAGCGAGAGUCCUGCGCAACCCGGCGCUUACACGGGAGGAAAAGAUUGACCUCCUCCGUAGCCGGGUGAUCCCGCGCAUGAUGUACGGCUCAGGGCUAUGGAGUGUCAAGACCCGUCAAGAAGAAGAGACCUUGGAAGGGGCCAUUAACGGCUUUUACCGGGGCUCUUUCCAGCCCAUCUUUGGCAUCAAAAGUCAGGGCUAUUCCAGCCUUGAACUAGCAAGCGCGCUCCGCAUGCCCACGCCCGCUGAGCUUCUGGCAGUCGAGCGCUUACGGGCGGCAACACAACUUGCCCGCAGUGAUAUGCUCCCUGUGCUAGAAGAGCUCUCCCAUGAUGACAAAUGGUGGCCAGCCGUCACCCAUGCUGCCUCUGAGAUCGGUCUUCUGCCCCCUGGAGAAAAGACCUUUCCGCAGAUUGUUGAACACCUGCGGGCUCCACAUGCCAUCACUAAGGCAGCCUGUCGGCGAUUCAUCCGUCAGCGCAUUGAGGGCAGGCGAGUGUCAUGGGAUGACCUAAAGCAAAGGGAACCGUGUGACACGGUCACCAUAACUGCCGCCUCCGGCCAGGCCUUGCAAUGGCAAUGCGAGAAGUGCCCAUCCGCGUUUGCCGACUACCGCAGGCUGGCGGUGCAUACCGCCACCAAACACGGCCAGCGUGCGCUCCAUGCCGUCAGCGCCAUCGGGUCAAGGUGCGAAGUCUGUACAGGUGAAUACUGGACUCGACAAAGACUCGCGGUACAUCUCCGCCGGAGUCCCCGAUGUCUCAGAGUUUACGCGGAAGCGGAGAUCCAGGACGUGCCAGAAGUGCAUCAACCGGGUAGUGGCGCAUGGCGCCCCUGCACUAUCUCACACGGCCCCAGGCCGUGGUGGGCGACGCUCAAUCCUUGA